CGGUGGUGAGGUUUUGAUUUAUUAGCCUGCGUGCAGGUGUUCUUUGAGUUUUAAUGAAGGCAUGGAAUGUCCUCUAGAAUUGCAGCCAUCACUGAAGGUUCGCAUAGGAAUUGAUUCUGCCGGAUUCGUGUUCUACAGCGGUGUUGGGAAUCCCGCGCGUCUGUGUCGCGUCCUCUCCCGAUUCCAUUAUAGUGAACAAGAUACCUCCACGACGAGCGAGGGUAAACCACGAUUAAACGGCCAUUGUUUGAGUCAGAUAGCGGAUAAAUAAUGUCGACCCGUCACCCGUCACGUCCCCGUCGUAUUGAUGACGCCCUUUCCCAGCUCAUCGACUCUCUAACUCCGCCGCUACCUCUGUCUGCCAUAGGAGAUGAAUAUUUGGAUGAUGCUGAAGAAGCGCUGGCAGCAGCAGAAGAACAGAAGCAUCAGGAACAUCUCGAACGCUCAUGGCGUAUUAUUGAUGCUCAUUCCAGUGCCGCGAAUGACCCUUCCUCGCCGUCUGGAGUUCCAGGGAGUCUAGGCCUCGGUCGUCGAGGUAGCUUAGCAGGUGGAGAGAACAUCAACAACGCCUCAGACUUGAUAAAACGGAAACUGCUACGCGAGAAUGCGAGCCCUGAUAAGGCUGUCCGAUUUUCAAACUUAUACUCUCGUCUCUUAACCCAGCCGGUCCUGUCGCAAAAAUGGGGAAUCCUCUAUCUGCUUUAUCGACUCUCUACCUCAGAUGACUCAGAAGGAAAUGCCGAUGAUGACGGACGGUCUCGCAGCCCGCUGAUGGAUCAAACAAAGUUACAACGGAUGUUAUGGAAAGAUCAGAGGGCUGGACGAGGCAUGGCAGAACUCUCGGACGAAGAUGGCCCAGCUGCAAGCUCGUCUGCAUCUCAGAUUCCUGCGCUUAUGGAGCGCAAAGCUUCGUUACGGCGUGCAGACUUGGAGAGGGAGCGAGAACGAGAUGCGGAUCAUGGAUCAGGGUCAGAGAGGCACCGGAUGAGCCGUCAGCACGAACCGGGAACGACGAAAGAUCCUCGUGGGGAGGAGCAAUUGUCUACAGAUCGCCACCCCAGGGACCCGGAGAAGGAUGACAACCCAACGCGGCCCGUUGAGCAGGGAUUAUUGCGCGAUUUACCCUUUAACUUACAAGGUUUAUCAUCUUCCGACCUACAGUUUUCUUCUGCGACAACGCUUAAACUACCUCCGACCCUGCCGCUCCCCAUGGUAUCUCUUCUAAACGCCCUAGCAGAGCCAUGUCUGUUAUAUCGGGGUCUUUCAACGUUUGUUGAAGGCAGUGGCGGAGGGCUUGUUAGUCAGAGCUUGCGGGCAGCUAUCUCAAACGAACUCCGCUCUUACCUAGGGUUAGUAGCGACAUUAGAAGGUGAGAUUCGUAGGGCACUGGCUGCUCCCGAGGAAUCUGCUGGGUCUAAGAGUGGCGUUACCUUGAAAAGGUGCGUGGUAUGGACGAGGGAUGCGACGAUGGCGCUACGGUUAAUGAGUUUGAUUGUCGAAGAAUCGAAAAACAAAAAGGGUGGCCAGUUGAUCUCGUUGAUCCAUGGCUUCUCGACCUCUCACGGAGAUCCUUUCGUAUGCAGUUUCGCAGAGAAGCUUCUCACCCAUAUUACCAGACCAUUUUAUGACAUGUUACGGCUGUGGAUCUACGACGGCGAACUAUCAGACCCGUACAAAGAAUUUUUUGUCGUUGAGCCGGAAUUUAGGCCGAGUACAGAUCCACGCCGUAUUGCAACCAGCGUCUGGGAAGAUAAAUACAAGUUGGACGACGACAUGGUGCCGUCAAUUAUCACUCAGGAUUUUGCAAAGAAGGUGUUCCUCAUCGGGAAAUCAUUGAACUUCAUUCGAUAUGGCUGUGGUGAUUCUGCAUGGGUCGAAGCGUAUUCCAAGGAAGCCUCCAAAGAACUCCGGUACGGUGAUACCGCCAGCCUCGAAACGUCCAUUGACGAAGCCUACAAGACUACUAUGGCACGACUAAUUCAUCUCAUGGACGACAAAUUUAAGCUUUUCGACCACCUCCGCGCGCUGAAGAAAUAUUUAUUAUUGGGCCAAGGAGAUUUCAUUGCUUUAUUGAUGGAGUCGUUGGCCUCAAACCUCGAUCGUCCCGCAAACUCACAGUACAGGCAUACACUGACUGCCCAGUUGGAGCACGCUAUUCGUGCUUCAAAUGCGCAAUAUGAUUCGCCUGAUGUUCUUCGACGUCUGGAUGCGCGGAUGCUGGAGCUAAGCCAUGGUGAGAUUGGCUGGGACUGCUUUACUCUGGAGUAUAAGAUCGAUGCGCCCGUAGACGUUGUCAUCACCCCAUGGGGCUCCACUCAGUACCUGAAGGUCUUCAACUUCCUGUGGCGCGUGAAGCGUGUGGAAUUUUCUCUGGGCAGCACCUGGCGACGUUGUAUGACCGGGGCCAGAGGCGUACUGGGCAGCGUCGACGACAAGGUUGGCGCUGAUUGGAAACGAGCCAGGUGCGCUAUUGCGGAGAUGAUCCAUUUCGUUUGCCAACUCCAAUACUACAUUCUCUUCGAAGUCAUCGAGUCUAGCUGGGAUCAAUUAGAGGCCUCAAUUUCCAAACCAGGAUGCACGCUUGACGACCUGAUUGAAGCCCACACGAAGUACCUUAACUCCAUCACGCACAAGGGUCUCCUAGGUUCCUCAACCUCAUCAAAGGGCAGCUCCAGCAGCUCUACGAGCAAACCGGAAGAAGGCUUUCUGAGCCAGUUACACCAGAUCCUCAAGACAAUGCUCGCAUACAAGGACGCAGUAGACGGACUAUACUCCUUUUCCGUCGCAGAAUUCACCCGAAGACAAGAACUAAAUGCAAAGAUCGAGACCCGUACCGCCCAAGGCCAGUGGGGGGUCACGGAGCGUGAUCUCAUCUCGUCCCGUCACGGACCGACCCACAAGGCCUCUGCGUCAUCCUCAUUUUCCUACACGCCAAACAUCGCGAACGUCGUCGAUGACAUGGGCACUCCGUCCUCCCUUGCCGGUCACGAUCUCUCAACCGAUGACCAGAUGCUCGCCUCGCUCCGUGUGCGACUCCGGGAUCUUUCAGCGGAUUUCCGCUCAAGACUCAACAUGCUACUAGGUGAUCUUGCUUACCAGCCGGACGUCGACAUGCGCUUCCUAGGAGUCGUGAUGAACUUCAACGAGGUCUAUGAGCCGGUUCGUAGACGAAGAGCAACGGGAGUUAACUCCCGAGACAGAGAGAGAGCACGACGUAAAGCCGGCCCACCUGGAGCGAAUCCGGAAAGUCAUCAGACGCCACAGGAGCUAAGUAAGGAGAAGAAAGAUUCAAAUGGACAGCAGCGGUUCAUUUUUUGACAUCAAUUUGGUUGUUUUUAUAUAUUUCUUUCUUUCUUUCUUUCUUUCUUUCUUUCUUCUAUACGGUAUCGAAGCAUAAAGCUCGGGUUGGCCGGCGGAGUCUUGGAACAGGUAAAACCAGAAGGGGAAAACUGGCAUGGUAAUGUAAAUGAUGAUUGUACGUACGUUUGUCCAUAUAGAUAUCAUAUUAUCAUAUUACCCAUAAAUGGAG